AGCGACAAGAGUCUGUGUCAGUCCUACAGUGACCUCACACGACAGUGAACUGAAAUCUUGUAAGAAAGAACAAUGGCAAAGGAAGUGCAACAAAUGUCACUUGAGAGAGAGUUCGCGAAGAAUACAAACAUAAAUCGAGAGGAUAUAAAACAACUGAGAGAAUGGCUGAAAACUCAACCACAUCUUCCGGAAAAACAUGUAACAGAACUGGACCUCGUUCUGGCUUACUACUGCUGCGACAGAAGUUCUCAACUAGCAAAAGACGUUUUGGACCUGAAUCUGACGUCACGAACGCUCAUCACCGCCAUGUUUGGACACAGAGAAGUCAGUCAGAAGAUUCUAGAAGCCGCUAGAACUGUGACGGUGUAUACUCUACCAGAGCCGGACGCCACAGGGACCUGCUACCUGUACGGUGGGCUGAUGCGGCUGGAACCGAAGUACUUUUUCUUCGGUGACAUCUUGCAACUGGCCCUCAUGAUAUUCGACCUUUGGCAGUAUGAGAAUGGCACCUGCCCUUGGUUUUCUAUUAUUAUUGACUUGAAAGGCGUUGUAUGGGCCCACAUCACUCGCAUAGAUUUAAUGACAUUGAGACAACUUAUUUACUAUUUAGAGGAAGGAGUUCUGGUGAAAAUCAAACACAUCCAUUUCCUUAACGCCCCAUCAUUUAUAGACAAGUUCUUGGCACUGAUCAAGCCGCUGAUGAAGAAGGAAUUAUUCGAGAAGAUCCAGGUUCAUACAUCUGACUCCCCCAAGGCAUUUGAGAACAUACCAAAGAAGGGAUUGCCCAAAGAACGAGGCGGUGAAUACAUGACUGGGCAGGAAAUCAGUGAAUACACAAUCCAAAGGCUAAACGCUAACAAGAAGUAUUUCGAAGUUGAGAACUUGAAGAGAAUAAAUAAGUCGUUGAGGCCGAGCGGAAAACAUGCGUCGAUAGAAAACGUGUUGGGGAUACAAGGCAGCUUUAAAAAACUGGAACUAGAUUGAAAAUUGUAUUAUUAAUAAGUGAAACAAGUAAUUUUAA